AGAUCUUGCCGAGUCUAAUGUUUCGGUUCCCGGUCCGGUGCCGGUCCUUUCCGAUGGGGCCGGUAAUUGCUAGACCUUUCGUUCACUCAUCCAUCUUGUCCGUCCAAUGUCGCUUGCAACGGCGGCGCGUCUUUCUCGACCCUCCCCUCGUCGCGCUGCUCUGUCGAAAAUCAGAGCGUAUUCUGAUUCCCAUUCCCACGAACAUCAUCAUGAAGAAGAUACCACCGUGUAUCCCAAGGAAGGUUUCGGUGCAGGGUGGAGGAAUGCGGUCCUUGGUGCCUUUGCCGUCGCUGUCACCUACAAAUACGCACCAUCUCCAGGCGAAGAUGCAUUGCUUACUCGUUGGAUGGCCGAACGACAGGCUCCCGUUAAUCAAGACUUUGAAAGAAAUCUCAAUCACACCAUCCUGACGCAAGAACAGUCAAACGAACGGCUGUUUUUUGCUGAAGCAAAGCGCCCUGUCAUCAACCGGUAUCGAUUCCCUCAGAUGCUCGACAACGGUUCACCCUUUAAUGUUCCAGUAGGGCUGACCAGCGAUUUGAGGGCUGUCAAGGUGAAGCACAACUAG